GUUGUCCUCAACCGCCAUCAUCAUCCACCGCCUCUUAGUUAGAUUGCGAAGCAGGCGCUGGAGAGGAGAUCAUGGCCUCAGGACGGCAGCAGUACACGGAUCGCGAGGAUGCGCAUUUGGUCAAGUUCCUUGCUGAAUACAAUCCCACUGGCGUCGACAGACGCGGGAACAAGCUAUGGAAGGAUACAUUGUGUGGUAACUUGGACAAGUUUCCUUGGGCCAAGACGCACCCCUGGCAAUCGUGGCGAGACCACUACAAGAAGAGCGACAUUUGGUUUGACAGAAAGAUCAAGAAGAUGAUAAGGAAGAAGAGGAGGGAUGAAGCUGAGCUGCCGCCGGAAGACGACACGGAGCCAGACGCGGAGCCACGGGCCGCGUCGCCCAAGAAGAGGCGCAGGAAGUCCGGCAGAGACAGCGAUGACGAGGUUGAGGACAUGCAGCAGACGACAACGAAGCAGCCACAGAAGAAGCGCAAGGUGGACGAGUCAACGGGUGCCGCAACGGCAGUGAAGUCUAAUACGACAACGCUAGUACGAGUCUCCUCAAACGACGCCAAUGGUGCUUCCUCUGCACAAGAGUCCCCUCGUCCACGACCUGUGACGCCGCCGCGCCAGCCGGUGACCCCUCAGCGCCAACCCAGGGUUCCUCGCCGUCAAGCAGCAACUCCUCCGCCCGAGCCUGUCACACCUCGGCCUCGAACGACAACAUCUAAACCUCAGCCGGCAGACCCUACUACUCCGCGCCCCAAGCCGGCAACACUCCCCCCACGUGAGCAGUCCGCGACGCCACCCUUGCGCCAGCAGCCCCGCCGCGCCGUCCGCGACAAGCAGCCGCGCGCGUCGUCUAGCAAAGUACUCGUCGAGGACAUGCGCAGCGAGAGCGAAGUGGACGAAGGCUCGGUGUACGAGGACGACUGGGUAGACGGGGAAGGUUAUGAGGCCGAAGUGAAUGGUUAUGAGGGUGAAUAUGAACAUGGAGACGAAGGCGGCGGGGGUGAUGGGGUGUUAUACGACGACGAGGAAGAGGCCGCGCCGAGGCAGCAUCUUGCGGCUGAAGGGGACUACGCAGCAGAGGACGAGGAGGAAUACGCGGAAGAGGACGAGGCGGCGCUCCUACUUGCCACUGAGGACCUCAUGGAUGGCCAGCACGCGCACGCGCAGGACACGGACGUGCUUGACGCACACGAGGCCCGCGACAUGCCGGCCUCUGACGAUUACGGGAUGGUUUCGGAGUAUAUCGCGAUGGAGGUCCCGCCGGUUGACGAAGAAGAGCUCUACGAGCAUGCGCCGGAGUACGGUGAUGAGGCGCAAACGUACGAGGAGGAGGGCGCGCAAGCAUAUGAGGAGAACGCGCAAGCAUAUGGGGAAAGCGCGCAAGCAUACGGAUACGAGCACGCACGCGCAUACGAGGAGGCGCCAGCAUACGAGCCGCAGACCCCCGAUCAGAUAGACGAGGAUCAAGAGAACCGCAUCCCGGAACCGGAGCCGUCUUCCAUCCCACACGGCGUACCCGGCUACAGCCCCAUCACCUCCUCCACCCCUUCCUCGCCCUCCCCGCCCGAGCGCAUAUAUCCAGACCUGCGCCAGCUGCCCAGCCCCAAUCUCCAGAGGCAGAUCACCGCGGCGCUGCGGAAGCACGCGAGCGUCCCGACCUUGAGGAGUACGCCGCUGCGGGCCUCGGCGUCGCUGCCUGCUCCCCGCCGUAAGCCAUCGACGCCUGCGCCACGCCGCCAGCCGUCACCACCUCGUACGCCCUCGCCGCCUCGUGCGCCCUCGCCGCCUCGCACCCCGCCGAGGCAGAAGCUCCCGCCGCUGCCUCCUUUGCCGAGUCUGCGUAGUGUGCCCGCGGAUAUCAGGAAGCCAACGCCUACGGAGUCCUCGCCACAGACCGCGGUGCCGGUUCCGCAGAUCCAGCGAACGUCGCCUCCUACCGAGCGACCGUCGCCGCCUCCCGAGCGAGGUGCGCCUCUUCGAGAGCAGCGUGCGCUUCUUCCCGAGCAGCGUGCACCUCUUCCCGAGCAGCGUGCGCUCCUGAUGGAGCGCUCACGGACUGUCGCACAACGACUCGCACUUCGUACUAGGCCAUCGGUGGCCCCUACACCGAUGCCGGACCCGCCCUCCGAGCCCCCCGGAGACACCGAGUGGCCUGCACCCGAGACUGAAAUGCCUGUGCGGGAGACCGAAUUCCCUGCAGAGAGCGAGUUCCAUGCAGAGAGCGAGCUCCAUGCAGAGAACGAGUUUCACGCAGACGACAUCGACUCCCCGCCGCGUCCCUUCCCAGCAGCUCUGGGGUAUGCGGAUGAGGCUGACUCCCCGCCGCGCCCUAUGCCAGCAGCGUUGCAGAAGAAGUAUGCGGCUGUCCCCGUGCGCAGGAAGAAGCCAAAGAAGGAUAUCUUCGACGAUACGUCCUCCGUGGCUGGGACGCCUGUGCCGAGGGGCGGGACGGCUGUAUCAAAGAGCGGGCAGGCUGCGCCGCUGCAGGUGACUCGCACUGCCCCGCCUCAGGCUAUGAGGCCUGCUCGGUCUGCAUUGCAGGGGGCGCAGAGUGAUAUGCGAGUUCCUCAGCCUGCAUUGCAGGCGCCCCGGGUUGUAGGACUGAUCGACCCGCUUUCGCCCCAUACGCCUCCUGCCCAGCGCAGUACCUACGGCGAGCCUUCGCAUGCCCCUCCCAUCGACCAAGCGACUCCCCGCCCACCCUCGCCUCAUACACCUACGGCUCAGCGUAGUGGACUUGUCGCGCCGCCGGGGGCUGCUGCCGCUCAGCCAGUCGCACAUGAACGCACGCCGGCCACGCCUCGCUCGGCUAUGUCCGAUUCGCCACCACCGCGACAGCCGCGGAAGCUGCAGGAGGGAGCGUUCGGCGGCACGCGGUUUGUGCUGCGGCAGGGGGAAGAGGGCAAGGAGAGUGGCGAGACGAAGCGGUGGCCGCCGAUGAGGCGCAAGCGGCGGAGGAGCGAUACGGAGGAGGAGGAUGUUCAUGCGCAAACGCAAGCGCAGCCAGCGGCUGGUGCGAACGUUCCUGUGGCGAGCAGGGUGCAGCCUCAAGUUGUGCCUUAUAGAGUCGCUGAGGCCAAGCGUGAAGCAAAGCGUCCACGCCGCACUUUCAUAGCACCGAGGGACACUCCAAAGGAGGAGGCCCGUGCGCCUGUCGAUAGGCGCAGCACACUCCAGCCCGUGGAGGCGUCUGCGAUAGCCAAUGACGGUCAGGCGCGGACGAAGAGCAAGCUCUCUGCCAGCUCUCGCAUCGUCGACGACGUGUUCACAGAAGCCGACACAUCGAGACGCGCAAGCGAUACAGCCUCGACUACGCAAAAAGCGCCUGCAGAGGAGUCGAUCUCCGCCCCCGCUCCUAUGUUGUCUCGUGUCCCGUCCAUCGCUCGCACGGCGUCCUUCCACUCGCCCAUUGCCCCGCCGCGAAAGUCGAAUGUUGUUGAAGCAACGAUAAGACCAAUUGCCGGCAUGAACGCGGGAACGUCGCGCCGGCACACAAUUGCGACCGGGACACCCAGCGGACUUCUCGACUUGCGGCGCUUCGCUAUAACGCGCAAGGGUUCGAACUCGGCUCUUCGGCACAGUCGCGCAUCCUCUGUCGCUUCCCGCACGUCUAUCGCCCCUUCGGACGCUGUCUCUGCUCGUGCACCUUCGGAGGUGACCACCGCCCGUGCGCCCUCGCUCAGCGCAUCGUUCCUUGCCGACAUCGACACGUCGCAGGAUCGCAAGAUGCUCGAGGACCUGGGCGCGGAGGUUGCGGUCAAGCGCUUGUCCGCGACCUGGGGAUUCGCGGAGCACGAAGUCCGGGACAUAUUCGAGCAGUACGAGCGCAGCUUGAGCACGACAGAAAGAUGCUUGAGCGUGAUGCGCGAGGGGGCGCGAAGGGCUGCGGAGGAGUGGCAGGAGGCGCUGGAGCGGUCGCUCAAUGGCUCCGAUGCCGGCAGUAGUGCCAGCAAGAGGGCCGACAGCGCCGUGCAGGCCGGGGAGCCCAGCGUGAUGGAGUUGUCGCGCAGCUUUGCGCCGCAGGACGCGUCGACGCCGCAGGGUCAGCAGCCUCGUCCUGCUGGACAGCUGCAGAUCAGCCCACCGAGUGCGCCGCGGGUGGUGGAGGAGCGCGAGUACUCUCCGCCUGCGCAUACGCGGAGCGCGAAAUAUGCGCGGCUGCAGCGCGAGGGACGCACGGAGGAGGCGCGGGCUCGCGAGGCGCGCCGCGCCAGUGGGCAGCACUCUCGACCGAGCUUCGCGCCGCAGGAAAACGUCCAGGUGAAGGAGGAUCCAGGGAAGACUUGGUCGGAGGCCGACGAGCGACUGCUACGUUCAGCCUGUGUGGAGAACGUCGAGGAAGUCAGGGCGUUGACCGCGAGGACCGACAUGGGUCUCUUGUUGGAGAAGGUGCAGGCAUUUGCUGGGGACAUGUGUGCCGCGGCGCGGCAGAAGCAGGCAAGGAAUAAGGGAAAGGGAAAGGCUAUGUAGAUUCAGGAGCGGGUCUCUGAUGUAGCUCUGCCUUCAUAUGGAUUCGAUGUGUCUAUUAUGUAGCAUAAGCAUGGUAUCUCUAUCAUUUUUAAGAGCC